AUGGAUAGCACUCCCUCGAGAGCUGCACGGAACCGGCUGUCCUGCAGCGAGUGCCAGCGCAGGAAGCAAAAGUGGCCGUGCAAUCACUGUUUGAAGCGCAAAGUCGCGGACAAGUGCCGUUUUUCCUUGCCCGCCGCGAAUGCGCCGGCCGAGGCAUCGACGGCGUUGGACAGCCGCAAGCGGCAGGCCAGUCCAGACGAGGCUCAUAAGAAUGUUAUAUCGUCCGACUUUCCGCCCGGCAGCUUGGGAUACAGUACGGCGGACCUGCUCGCUGGCCUUGGCCUCGAAGACAAGGCAUGCUUCCGGAGCUCCUACAGCGCGGCCACUGAGACUGACAACCAAGCUAGAAAGAUGCGCCGGAUGACAAGCAGUACUGGACAGACGCUGCGCCAUGUCCUGCACUCGCUCCUUCGCAUAUUUUUCCAGGACAUCAACAACCAGUUCUAUAUUCUGUAUCCAGCUGCAUUCUUUGACGAGUAUCAGGUUUGGUGGACCAGAGUGGAAGAAAAGAGACCACUUGCCCUCCAGUUCACUGCUCUGCUCUUUACCGUUUGCGCUUGCUCGAUUCAGCAUGCCGAUCAAUCUCUCAAGGCCGUUCUUGAACGAGACAUGGGUGAUAUCGAGAGUUUGUCAGAAAAGUACCACAGCCUUGCACGAGAACUGGGAAGCGUGGUGCCACCUGGAUACAGCCAUCUACAUAGCUGUCAGAGCAUGCUUCACUCGUCGUACUGGUACAUUUCACAAGGCAAAUACUCCGAGGCAUGGCAUGCACUCAGUGCCGCUGCCCGAGAAUGCCAGACACUCGUAAAAGAGAAGGACGCUGCUUUUCAUCAACUGCCUUCCUUCGAACGCGAGAUGAGACGAAGACUGUGGUGCAUCAUCCAGAUUCUAGACUGGCAGAUAUCUGCUGGCCUGGCGCGCGCAACUAUCGUCAAUUGGUCCGCUGUAGAAGUCGUGCUCCCAUCUCUGACAAUGGAAGCAUUCUCACCAUCACCCAUGCUGCAUAUGAAGAUACAAUCGCAGCUGAUUUCACAAUUGGCUGCCACGUAUCCAAACGACAAAACUAACAUGGAAUUGAGCACAAUACGACAGUACCAAAGCACAGUUGAAGCCUGGGCGAAAGCUUUCCCUCGUGUUUACGCCUUUGAGAAUCCAGACACGCUGAAGGAUGCGGCAAAUCCCUGGAUCAUCUUCAAUCGGUUUUACCUGUACACAAUGGCUUACUUUCUGCUUCUCGCCUCAUUUCGACCAGUGAUGCUCAAGGGGUACACCUCUGCCUUGUCGGAAGAAGAGCGAGGUGUCUGCUUCGAUGGUAUUAGGUACUGCGUGAAGAACAUGCGAGUUGCGGUUCUCUGGGCUGAUCAUGUCGACCGGCAUGGUGGUGGCUACCAUUUCAUGAUCGGCUCGGCCUUUGAUACCGCUGUACUUUUAUGCACGUGCAUCAUGAAAGACGCGGAGAACAGUAUGACCAAAGAAGCCGAAAUCUACGAGGAACUCGACAAUGCGGUGUCAUUGUUCGCUCGACUUGCCCACACGUCUUCCAUUGCUAAGUUUGCUUCCGAUACUGCGGCUCAGCUAGUCUCCAAGCUGCAGCGUCCUAAUGCGGUGCGCAAAGCGCAAAAGCGACGAAAAGUGAAUAUUAAUGCGGUAUCGCCAGCACCAAUCGUUGAGGCAGGCCGGCUCGCUCCUAGCCCUGCAUUGGUCGAAGGAGUCGGCUCGGAGACAUCGUCAGAACAGCUGAACCGAGAUGACUUGACGCCAGAGAGCAUAUCAGACGACUGGCAGGGAUCCAUUGAUAGCGUGCGGGGGAAUACUUCUCUCAGUAACUCCGAAGCGAGCCUGGGCGCCAUUGACGAUUCGCUGUCGCCCUGGCCGAUGGAGAGCUACGACGAGGCGACAGCUCAGGGAGGAACAGUCACUCUCAGCGAUGGGUUUCAGCUCAUACUGGAAGAGCAAGCGGCAGAUGACCUUGCAGAUCAGGCAGUUAAUGUCGAUGACUUUGCGUCUUUGUGGGAUUGGGAGGCCCUUGGCCUUGGGACCUAUCCGCUAGGAAGACACCCUGAAUUCGAAAAUUGA